AUGACUGCACAGGCCCUCACUCGAUUUGCUCCCGAAGCCCAGGUCAUAUCCAGUUCCUGGGGACCAACAGAUUCAGGCAAAUUAAUGCUGCCGAUGAACACUCAUGUGGACAGAGCCCUGAGAUACGCGGAUACAAAGGUAGGUAAAGGAAUGCAGAUAUACAAAAAAAUAAAACGUACCCAGCACAUGUUUGACACUGAAUCGUCGUCAGACUUGAGAGCCUGGCAACGAAAAAUUGACAUCUUGAAAGUACUUGACAUGUUAAUUGCUCGUAGCACAGUUUCUCAAGUCUGA